GCAAGGGCUGCGAUUUCGAAAGUCUGUGAUUACGUGAUGGGGAACGGAGAGACAGGGAAGCGAGUAAACAAACACGUUCGAAUGGAGGAGACGUUCAAACCGCCAACGGAAACUGAGCUGUCAGACGGCCGGGAGGGUGGAUGGUGUUUGACGAAGAUCUGAACUAUGCAGAAAAGCUCUAAGCAGACAACUUCCAGAAGACAUAAGCAGACUGUUGUUACCUUCAAAAAAUUGUCCAUCCAUUCUUCCAAGCAGAAGAAAAAAAGUCAAGAGGAUUUUGUACAGCUGCUUCCACUAGAAGUCAGUUUAAAGAUUUUUAGUGAACUUGACAUUCAGAGCUUAUGCAAUGCUGCAAUGACAUGCAAGACCUGGAACUGCACCAUUGAGAACUGUGAUUAUUUAUGGAAACAUCAUUGUUUAAGUGUAAGGGCCAUCUGUCAGCGAGAGAUUGAUUGUGACAGAGGAAAUGGGUAUUCAUGGAAGGUCACAUUGCUGCGAAACUACUGGAAAAGCAAAGUGAAGAAUGAGUGGCUAAGUGGAAAAUACAGCAACAUUCAUUCUUGCAAUGGCUUGCCAGACAAAACUUCUCCUAACAGGAGCUAAAUGGCAUGAUCAUGAAGGUGAAAAAGGAAAGAAAAAGAAGUCCACAGAAGGCCUUUGGAUUUUGAAAUGAGAGAGACAAGAGCAUGCAUAUUUUGCUGAUAUAGGAAGGAUUGCCUGUUAUUUUUUAGUGCAACCAGUUCAUGCUAUCAUUUUUACUGGACCAGUAAAAAGUCAUACCAGUCUUUAAUCAGUAUCAUAAUUACUGGCACUGCCAGCCACAUCUGACAACUCUACUCUUGUGUACUAUGGGUCUAAUUCUUUCUAAGCACUAACUUCAUUUUCAUCUAGUAUUGCCCAUUUUUAUGGGCCUUGCUCAUAUGCCUUUAAAAGCAGUGAUUAAGCCUCCC